AGUAAAGGUUGGUAUAACAAGAAAUCCAUGCGCCCAAAAGAAGUGAUUAGAACAAAGAACGACCUUAGGUGGCAUCUCCGCAUCUCAAUCCAAGAUUCUCCGCUCGUUAACAUCGUCGACAUUACAUUUCUUCCCAUUUCCCAUUUUCCUUAAAUCUUCUCCAUUCAUCCCUAAUCAUCACUUUUUCAUUCUCCACCGCGUUUUCUCACUCUUCUAAACCAUAUUAUUCAAUUUGAAAGAGAAUGGGAAGUGAUAAUUCAAUUGGUUUGUUGGAGAACGAUGGAGAAGCGUGUUCUGGAAAAGAAGGGAAAGGGAAAAGGCUAUGGAAGAAGGUUAAGUACCAGCUUGUUGAGUAUCAUUCUUUGCCAGCUUUUCUUAGAGAUAAUGAAUACAUUCUUGGUCACUAUCGAUCUGAAUGGCCUAUGAAGCAGGUUUUGCUUAGCAUCUUUACCAUCCACAACGAAACUCUCAACGUUUGGACGCAUUUGAUUGGGUUCUUCCUGUUCCUGGCUUUGACCAUAUACACUGCCAUGAAAGUUCCGCAGGUUGUAGAUCUUAAUUCGCUACAGCAUUUGCCUGACAUCCUCAAGAAUGCUGAUCUGCAUAAACUACAAUCAGAACUUUUGACGUGCCUACCUUCCAUGCCUGAUUUGCAAAGACUCAGGGAUGAAAUCUCAAGCUGGCAUAUUAAAGAACUUCUCUAUAACUGUUUGCCUGUAAGAUUUUCCAGUAGCAAUCAUACUGAUGUUUGUGUUCUGCAAAACGUAAAAGAGGACCUGGCGAACCUAAUAGCACCGCUGGUGAUUAGACCAAUUACAAGGUGGCCUUUUUAUGCAUUUUUAGGGGGAGCCAUGUUUUGCUUGCUAGCUAGCAGUGUUUGCCAUCUCCUCUCUUGCCACUCUGAGCGCGUAUCAUACAUUAUGCUCAGGCUUGACUAUGCCGGAAUUGCAGCUUUGAUAUCUACCUCUUUUUAUCCUCCAGUAUAUUACUCAUUUAUGUGUUAUCCAUUUUUCUGCAACCUUUACCUGGGCUUUAUCACUAUAUUGGGCAUUGCCACCAUCUUGGUUUCUCUCCUUCCAGUUUUCCAAACUCCAGAAUUCCGCACCAUCCGUGCAUCCCUCUUUUUGGGAAUGGGUUUGUCCGGCGCAGGACCUAUUCUGCACAAGCUUUUUCUGUUCUGGGGUGAACCUGAGGUGUUUUACACAACUGGUUACGAGAUUCUGAUGGGUUCUUUCUAUGGACUCGGGGCACUGGUUUAUGCCACCAGGAUUCCCGAACGAUGGAUGCCUGGGAAAUUUGACAUUGCUGGACACAGUCACCAAUUAUUUCAUGUAUUGGUUGUGGCCGGGGCAUACACUCAUUAUCGUGCAGGGUUAGUUUAUCUCAGGUGGCGCGACAUUCGAGGUUGUUGAUCUAAUGAGCUGAGAUGAUUGUAUGUUGAAUAUCUCUGUUGUGAUUGUUUGAGUAGUAUGUGUCCAAAUCCACUCCUCUAAUUGAUGCAAUUUGUGAUUAUUGUAGAGGAGGGGAUAUUUAUGUAACUAUAGCUAUAGACAUCAUGUAUAAUAGCAUGUACUAUUCCAGAUAAGAUCAAUUGUGCACAUUUUUAGAGUUUAAAGACAAUGACAGUGCAAAACAAAAAUAUACAUGCAUCUAAUUUGAUCCAAAAUAUUGACAUUGGAUUGAAUGCAUGUGUAAAAUUGUUUAUGUAAUUGGGUACAUAAUUUAAAUUCAUAGUUUUAUGAUA